UCGGAGGAACAUCGGGAAAGCUGCUUCAAGGGGCCGAGCUCGACCGCUCAAGCGUGUUAAAUCUCCGAUCACACCCACUCCUGUGGAGGGAGAGGACGAAAGAGGGAGGGAGAGACGAGCAAAGAGUCAAAGAGCGAGGUAGUGGGAGCAAAGAAUAGAAUUACAAGAAAAAGGAGUGAAGAAAAGAACAGGAAGAGGCUGAUAUUGAUUAACAUGAGCUAUCUGGAUACAUGCUGCACGUAGCUGAUGGAGAUAUGGAACCUGACCCUGGUAGUCACUCACAUGUAACAGUCCGGCAAAGUAUACAGUAUACCACCUCAACAUACAACAUUAAAGUGCUGCUGCCAUAAUGAUAAAAUAAACAUGGUAAUAUGACUUUCAGUAAGUACGUUUUGUCAGCUAAAUUUAGGCCUGUGUAUCUUAACUUAAGCGUAUGCUAAAUAUGGAGUUACGGCAAGCAGCUUAUUAGCUUGGCUUAGCAUAAAGACAGGAAACAGAGUCGGAAGAGCUAUCCUGACUUUGUCCGGUACUAACAAAAUCCCUCUCUAAGUAACACACCACAUCUUGUUUGUUUAAUCUGUAAAAAAAACCAAAAAACUAAGUUUCAAAAUGUCAAACUGCCAUUUUAUUAGGGUUAUGUGACAAACUAGACACUGUCUGGGGUCUUUCCGAUAUUACAUGUUAAUUAGUGAGCUUUAGAAGUUCUGGAAGGUGGAUUUUGUUACCUUUGGAUUGUUCAGGCUAGUCAUUUAGCCCUGUUCCCAGUGUUUAUUCUGAGCUAUGCAAACUAGCUGCUGGUCACAGCCCUAUAUUUACCAUACAAACAUAAGAGUACCAGCAAUUUUCUCAUGUAGCUCUAAAAAAGAAAUUAAGUCUCAAACAAUACCUUCAGUCCUGCUGCUUACAUUGCAGGGUGCCAAACAUAUAAAAAAACUAAUAUAAUACAAUUGGAGACAAUAUACUGGCAUGUGUGAUGAAUCCAUGGGACAAGAGGGAUUUUUUCAGUUUUGUUGUUCUUCCUCGGUUGUCUGCGCAGAUUGACAGGAAGGUGAAAACAUUUCAGCACAGCCACUAACCCACCAGUGUCCCCCAUCUAGUUAGUGUCAGUCCAGCUGAUAGAGAAGAAUGGUGUGGCAGAGGCUGCUGCUUAUCUGCUUUGUCCCCAGCAUCUGCCUUUACACACACACACACACACACACACACACACACACACACCCCUUCCCCACUGUUAGCCUCUCUCCCCUGUCUGUCUGUCUGUCUGCAGCAUCAGAUACUGUUCGACACAGCACUGACAUCUCUGUCUCUCACACUCACACGUGAUUUUCUGCUGGCUUUCAGUGUUUUUGGCAGCACAUGUAACCAGAGAGGAGACUCAUUCAUCCAUAGCGUAUUCACUCUGCUAUACAUAACUAAGCAAAUAUACUGAUCCCCUGUUUAAUCCCCUCCUUUCUCCCUCUCAUUCUGGUCCUUGACUCUUGCCUUCCUCAUUCCUGGAAAAUCCUGUGUAUCUGCCUUUUCCCUCCUCCUCUCCCUUUCUCUUUAUUUCUCUCCCUCUGCAUGUCUGAUGUGCGAUCUUCCCCUCUCCUCUGUCCCUCCUCUCUUUGUCUUCUCCCAUUUCCCCUCCCAUGCAUGUCGAUGUUCUCUCUGUCCUGUCGCUCUCUUACUCUUUCCCUAUCCCUCUCUCCUCCUAUUUCUCUUCCUCAGCAUGGACGUUCAGAAUUUUCAUGGGAAGGAAUCAAUCUGUCUAUGGAAGACACUACGUCAAUCCUGCCACGGCUCAAGAGGAACUCAAACGCCUAUGGCAUCGGGGCUCUGGCUAAGUCUUCUCUGUCAGGUGUGUCAGGGGUUACCCGCACCAUGAAGGAGAGAGUGACCAAGCCCACGGCCAUGGCGCAGGGUCGUGUCGCUCACAUGAUCGAAUGGCAAAACUGGGGCAUGCAGACGGUGGGCGCAGGGGGCAUCCCCCAAUCCCGCAUCACUACCCAGGAGCGGGAAAAGGAGCGGCGGCUGGAGAACGACGCCUACAGCGACCUCAGUGACGGCGAGAAGGAGGCCCGUUUCGCUGCAGGUAUCCUGCAGCAGUUCGCCAUCUCGGAGGCAACACUCCUGGCCUGGUCUUCGAUGGAUGGAGAGAGCCCGCGGUCGGGCUCAAACCAGGGCAGCGUGGCUCACCUGAGCGAAGUCAACCAGGAGAGCAUCACCAGUCGAGAUCAGAUAUUGCACCACUCCUCAGCAGAGGUGUGGCCUCACACAUACGUCUCCCAGGGCCACUACUGCCUCUCCUCCUCCGAUGCCUGGGAGCCGAUCAACAACGAUCCCUCCUCCGGGGUGGCAUCUCCCCCUGCUGGUUCCUACAUUGUGGGGACUGAUGGGUAUGAUGGGCAGGCUCACUUCCUGUCACAGCAGCAGCAGCAGCAGCUCACACUCCAGCAGCAGAGUCAACUACAGCAGCUGCAACAGAUCCAGCAGAUCCAGCACUACCAGCAACAGCAGCUCCUGCAGUAUCAGCAGCAACAGUCGCUGGAGCACAGGCUGCACAGUGCCAACCACUCUUUACAAGCAACGCCCAACAGCACCAUCCACAGUCUGGUUCAUCCUGCUCACCCACCACUGGUUGAUCUAUGGAACACGGGGCAGAUGGAGGCCUAUCAGGCCGAGGCCGGGGGCUACAUGGGUGUGUCGGCGGUGGUGGAGCCGAGCCUCUGUGUUCCCUCUGGAGACGAGAUGGUGGGAACAGAGCACUCCCCGCUACUGGAGCAGCAGGAGGAGGAGGAGGAGGUCAAGGAGGAAGAGGUCACACUGUGCAUGGAGCCAGAGUCGGCCACGUUGACUCCGCCCACGCAACAAGGGGAUGCAUCUGGUGGCAGUAGUCCUGGGCAACCGCCGGCAGAGUCAAUCACAGAGCGGAAGUCCUCCGAUGUCAACUCCGGCCUCGUUCAGAUGCUAGAGGAGCAGGAUGAGGAGGGGCCAGCUGCGUCCUUGGCAAACAACUGAGUUCCUGGCUGUCAAGAGACUCCUUCUUACAAAACUGACUGGGAGUCAGCGAGGAAUAAGCGUAAUAAUACAACAUAUAUCUAUUAAUCUGUUCCUUUUCAGGUAUCAAAAUCACCACUUUUUGGUUGCAAGAUGAAUUCUUCAAAAUGGUGAGAAACAGAUUUGCAAGUGGACUCACAGUGAGACAGGAGCUGAUGCAACAAAGGACACCUAUUUCUUUGUAAGCCUUACAUCCCAAAGGUAACUGAAAAGAGGAGUGAGGAUGGAGGAGAAGAAGAAGAAGAAGAAGAAGAGGAGGAGGAGGAGGAGGAGGAGGAGGAGGAGGAGGAGGAGGAAAAGCACCAACUGACCAAGAUAUUUCCAUCAGGGAAAUGAAAGCAAGUUGAGUUGAAGAGGAGGGGAACGGAAACAUGCAUGCUUUUUAUGAAGACAAGCAACUCGACCCUGUCAUCGUCUUAUGAUAACUAUGAAAAUCUAUCUGAAUAAAACAUUAUAAUAAGAACAAUUUUGUAAUGAACAACAAAAAAAAAGAAAAGAAGACAAAAAUCUAUGUAUAAGUGUAUGAUAAGGUUAAACUGUUUUCCUACAGGAGAACUACUCUGUUUACAGCUGUUACUCAACUAUUAGCGUUUAAUCAAAUUAAUUUCCCUGCUGCACCAAACACACACAGCGUACUUUAAUAACGACAACCCAGACAAUUUCACGUGUAAUUUAAGCAAGCUCCGAAAACUGUCAGCAUUUCAGUGAAAUGCAGAUUAACCCUCUAAAAUAAAUUCUUCUGUGAUGUUGUGGCACAGGAUGCCCUUCAGGAUGCCCGAGGCACAACCCAGGGACAGGCCCAUCCUGCUGACUGCACACACUAAACUCUGCACAGAUAAGGAUUGUACUGUAAGAUAGUGUGCUUCCUACUCUGUCUCUCUGUAUGCAUGUUUCUUCAGAGCACUAUGGAGUACCUGUACUAUACAUCACUGUAUAGACUUUGCACUGAACCAUAGUAUCCCAGGUGGGGCCAUAGUGGCGCCUGCCGGUGGGCGUGAGCUGCGAGUUUCAUGACGGAUAAAUAAAGACAGAGCUGCAUAAGCGAAAUCUCAUUUGCACUGAUGCAAUCCAACAGAUCAGAGGUUGCCUUCGGACGGUUGACGUUAACCCAGUUCCCACUCUGAAAGCUUUCAGCACCACCGACAACCAAAAACCGAGCCACUUAACAACACAAACCCUCAGCUGCUUGUUUUUUGUUUUUUUUGUUUUUUUUCAUAGAUGUAGUCACGUUCAUUUGAGGAUGAUAACCACUAUUUGAAUGUACUGGAAGACAGGCGGCAGUACAUGAUGAGCGUUGUUUUUCUUUUUGAUGUCUCCUCGCGGUCCACACGGGACAGGAAUCAAACACCUAACUUCAGAAACAAAGAUAAACAAGCGAGUCUUUCAAAAGUGUGGGAGGAAGCUGUUGAAAAUGGAUUCACUGCUUGCUCACCAAGACCACCACUGCACACAUGCACACACAAAACAUAGAAAUAUCUAAAUUGUAACCAGCAAUAGGCAGGCAAAACACUGGCUUCUCAACAGACCAGUGUCAGCUCUGUCGUAUAAAUGUAAAUAGUCUAAUAAGUAUAUAUAAAUCGCUCACUCACAGUCACAAUUGUUCUAGUACAGUAUGAUUUCUUUAUGUUUUUACACCUCUCUGACCCGCUUUAUUUUGGGAUUGUGCUCAAGCUCACACUUGAGGACAGAUUUUUUUGUUUGUUUGUUUGUUUUUUUUCUUCCCUCAUGUGUGCCACUACAUAAAAGGCAAAUGAUACAGAGGAAUGUUUGUGUUGUAAAUAGAGCCGAUCGCUCAAACUGGAGCCAGUUUUAUCCGGUGGGUCCACAAGUGGAGAAGCAAAGAAUAGUAGUAAGUUUGAGAUCAGGGUGAGGGGGGGGGUCGGUGAUUACAGGCUGUGUGCCACUAAAUCAGCCAACCAGGGAACAGAACAGAAGACUGGGACUGAACUCUACAGCCGAACAGAUCGGUGUCUUCCUGCUCAUCAUGAGUUACUGUGAAGCAGCUGCCUGGAGUGUGAUAGUCACUAACGAUGUUUGAGGAAGCAUGUUCUCAUUUGUUUUUUUACUCUUUUUCUUUCAUCUGAGGAAGAAUGGGUGUUUUCCAGCGGGGAGGAGAGUUAAUAAAAGUGAAGAACUUGCUGACGAACUUUACAACAACAAAAACACACGACCACCAUUUUAUUCUUUUCUCUGUUGGGGAGCACCUUCUCCUCUCACCUUGAUGAUUGUGUGAGAAACUUUCAAGAUAAAAAAAUAUAUAUAUAUAUGUAUACGGUUUACUGACUUGAAUGAAUUUAUUUGUCGAUUGCUUCUUUAUGCAAUGUUGGGGACGAUGUUUAUUUUUCUACUGACUUGUUGAAAUCCCUUCCAGUAUAAGUUGGAAUAGGUGUCAUGAUUGUAAAGCAGUCUCGUUUCAGUCUGGUUUUGAGCACUUUACACCAAGAAAAACGCACCCUGACACCUUCCUGUUAAGAGAUUAAGAGAAUUGAGAUGGACACUUUGGCAGCUCUCAAUUAUAAAAUUUAGUGACACGUAAAAACAAGAGGGCUCAAAACUGCAAACAGAAUGUCUUUACACCACGACACAUAUUCAUUUAUUUAUUGAACAUUUACUCGGUGGGGAGGAAUAAUUGACAGCUUGUACAGAGUCUAUACUUUCAUGUAGGUACCAACCCUUCUGGGAGCAGAUAUUUUAUUUCAUAAGGAAUUUUAAGGAAGGAUGAAAAGAAACCGCUUCAGUGUGGGUUAUAUUGCUUUUCCCCCCUCUCUUUUUUUUUUGUUUAUCAAAAUCACAAUGAAUGAAUAAACUAAUAACAAGAAGCCAAAUGUGGAUGUUAAGGUUUACUGAUCACACCUUUGUUAAAUAGACUGGUUUGCAACUGAGUUCCUCUUUUUUGUAUAAUUCUACUGCCAUCUUCCAAGAGUUACAGUAAUUUGUCUGCAGGCACGAUGCUCAAAAUCUGCUUCUGGUCCUCUGCCUUUCUCCCUCUCUCUCUCUCUACCUAUCUCUUUCUAUCUCUUUGUAUCUGUUCUGUAUAUUUGUGUCCGUCUGUAUGUCUGUCUGUAAGUGUACAGUAAGUUGUCUACUGUCUUGUUGGAAGAAUCACUGCCUAAAAAAAACAAAAAACAAACAAAAAAAAAAGUUUCCACAUCAACCAAAGGGGAUUUGAGGCAAUCAGACAUGUAACAUAGAUAAAAUUUGGAAAUGUGUCGCAAAAAAGCAAACAAAAAAAAAACAAACUGCUGUAUAAAAAAAGUGCUGUAAAAAAAUUGGAUGGCUUCUGUAAAAGUCUGUAUAAAAUUGGAUUUAUUUGUUUGAAAUGAGGCAGUGUGGCUGGUGAUACCAGUGUACACUCAUGACACUCACACCUAUGCAUGCUUGUUGGACGAUUGUCACAGGAUGGUUCUUCCACAUGGUCCACCCUCCUCCUCCUCUCCUCUUUUGUCAACAGUUCUCUGUUUCUCUUCCUCUCCCCUUUUCUUCCCGCACGACAGAACCUCCUACAACCCCCGCCAGUUCCUUUACCUGCCCCCUCUUCUUUUCCUCUGGUGGAGAAAGAGCAAAUAAAC